AUGGCUGACGUGCCAGCUAGCCGCGGCGGACUAUAUACGAUCAAACCCAUUACGGGCAAAGGACGGGGCUUCGUUGCUGCUUCUAAGAUCUCCAAGGGUAUACGUAUACUGCUGGAGGUACCGCUCCUCAAAACGCCAGAUUCCACUGGAGACAUCAGUUCCGCAGAGACCAUCGUCUUACGAGAAAAUGUGCAAGGACGUAGGUGCACCCCCGUACUAGGCAUCGUUAUGACAAAUAUGUUGCCGCUCGGCGCGAGCAACAGCGGUGGACUGUUCCUCGAAGCAUCACGCAUUAACCACUCGUGCCAGCCCAACGCGCAGUACGCAUGGAACGACGACCUCGGCCAUCUGACCGUAUACGCCCUGUGCGACAUCGAUACUAAUCAUGAGAUCACCAUUUCAUAUAUAAGUGGCGUCUCGCUGGGCUAUGCGGAGCGCCAGCGCCAUCUGAUGGAAGCGUUCUCCUUUGCCUGUAUAUGCGAACUCUGCUCCCUACCGCUGACUGCACGCAACGAUAGUAACUAUAGACUGGACCAGAUCCGGUCUAUCGAAGAUGCUGCCACCGACCUGGACCAGGUCCUCGAGCACCCUGCCAAGUCUCUCAGCCAGGUAUACCGGAUAUUCGAGUUGCUAGAAGUGCAGGGCAUCUGUGACAUAAGCAUUGUGCGGGCGUGCUUCAGUACCUUCCAGAUCGCAGCCAUGGUCGGGGACAAGGCCCGAGCCAAGGUCUUCGCGGAGAGAGCGUAUGCCGCUCGGAAGGUGCUUGCGGGCGAUGACAACCCGACGACGAUCGAGUUCAAGCACCUCGCUGAGCGACCCGUGGACUACCACCUGUAUGGUAAGAGGAUGAAGUGCUAUGACGAUAGCUGGGAGGCUCCUCGGGAGAUGUGCGGAGAGGAUCUUGAAAACUGGCUCUGGAAUACGGAUGGGUGGUCGAGAUACAGUUCCUCUUGA